GCAAAAGUUGGUAUAUUCAUUCACUGGGGAGUAUUUUCUGUCCCGAGUUUUGAGUCGGAGUGGUUCUGGUGGGACUGGGAGGGGGUCAAAACCAACAGCGCAGUAGAAUUUAUGAAAGCGAACUACCCUCCCGACUUCACAUAUGCAGAUUUCGCAAAGGAUUUUAGAGCUGAAUUCUUCAAUGCUUCAGAAUGGGCAGAGAUUUUCCAGGCUUCAGGGGCACAAUAUGUUGUUUUGACAAGCAAACAUCAUGAAGGGUUCACCAAUUGGCCGUCAAUGUUCUCAUUUAACUGGAACUCUAACGAUGUCGGCCCAGCCAGAGAUCUUGUGGGAGAGCUUGCAACAGCCAUCAGAAACCAAACGGAUCUGUUUUUCGGCCUUUAUCAUUCCCUGUUUGAAUGGUUUCAUCCUCAGUAUCUCCAGGACAAGGCCAACAAGUGGCAGACUCAGAAGUUUGUGGAGAGUAAAACAAUGCCGGAGCUGUACGAGAUUGUGAACCGGUACAAACCGGACGUGAUCUGGUCCGACGGAGACUGGGAAGCACCAGAUACUUACUGGAAUUCUACAAACUUCAUAGCCUGGCUGUACAACGAUAGUCCUGUGAGAGAAAAUGUCGUGACCAAUGAUCGAUGGGGUCAAGGGGUCAUGUGCAAACAUGGAGGAUUCCUCACCUGCUCAGACAGGUAUAACCCAGGAAAGUUGCAAAAGAGAAAAUGGGAAAAUGCCAUGACAAUUGAUAAGCAAUCUUGGGGUUACCGUAGAAACACAAAGCUGUCAGAAUUUCUGACCACGGAUGAGCUCAUUGGAACACUGGUGGAAACAGUCAGCUGCGGGGGAAACAUUCUGGUUAACGUGGGUCCCACCAGUGACGGUAAGAUUAUACCGGUGUUUGAGGAGAGGCUGAGAGAAAUGGGACAUUGGCUGAAGGUCAACUCUGAGGCUAUUUAUGGAACUCACCCUUGGACGUACCAGAAUGAUACCAUUACUCCCAAUGUCUGGUACACAAAACAGAAGAUAAGCAGUACUACCGCUGUCUACGCCAUAGUUCUGGACUGGCCGACCAAUGGCAUGCUCCGGCUCGGGGCACCAAAGUUAGACAACACGGGGGUCAUUUACCUGCUGGGGUACCAACAGCAGAUCAAAUUCACACCAGAGGCCCAAGGAGGGAUAACCAUUCAACUUCCUGUGUUUACUGAUGGCAAAAUGCCAUGCAAGUAUGCCUGGGCAUUUAGAAUGCUGGGGGUUCAGAAUUAGAAAUAUACUAAGGAAACAUUGUGAUAACACGUGUGAUAAUGCAGUUAUUUACCUUUUUAUGAUGCAAUUUUUCUUUUUUUUUAUUUCUGAGGGUAUUUAACAAAAAAUCCUAAUAGAUAAGGUAUUUAAUAUCUUAGCUUGAGGGUCUAAUGAACAUUUCCUUAGGUUAGUGUAUUUUUCUGUAUUUUACAAGUGUCUUUCUGCAUUUCACAAGAUUAUACGUAUAUAUUUUGUCAAUGUAUUAAAUAUAUUUUUGUAUCUAUAUACAAAUAUCUUCUUAUUGUUUCAUUUACAUGUAAUGUACAUAGAGGUAUAUAUCAUUAAUUUAAAGUAUGUUGUGCAAUAUUUGUUAUAUAUCUCUCACACUACUAAAGUGGACAUUGUAUAAGGAGUAAUCUCCUAUAAAAAAGUCCGGAAUGGAUAAAUUAGUCCAAAACAAAACAUUCUGGA